AUGAUUUGUGCAAACACAGCUAAGAUUAUCAUCAUUGCUUUUGAUCGGUCUCACGAUAACCUUAAAAUUCCAACAACUGAAGAACCCACAGACUAUGGUUGGGUAGAAAUAGACAACCGAUUUGAAUUUGAUUGGUUUUCUGAUGUUCAGUUACCAAAAUCGAUUGAGGAGAUAACCAUUCAGCCUGAAAAAGAUGAUGAUGAUGAAGACAUGAUCGCAUAUAACUCUGACAGCGACUCUGAAUCAGAGAGAGAAGAAAGCGACUCAAGCCAAAGCGAGAAUGAAAAUGAUUAA